CGCCCCGAAGCCUCCUUCAUCCAGGGCGUCUUGGGUCCGCCCUUUCAGAAGCAGGCCCAGCGCCCUGCCGCCCGGCUCCCAGCGCGCAGAUCUGGGCUCCGAGCUGCCCUGGGGGCCAGACGUCCUUGCCUCACCUCUCCCUCUCGGGAGGCUGGCCCCAUCCACGUCUCCCCGUCUGGCUUCCCCUGCCUGGUCUGGGCCCCCGUGCGGCCCCCGAGGAGUCUGGACUCAAGCCCUCCCUCCUGCCUCCUGAGGAGUAGCCAUGGCCACCUACAAAGUCAAGGUGGCCACGGGUACCGACCUCUUGUCGGGCACGAUGGAUUCCAUCUCGCUGACCAUUGUGGGGACCCAAGGAGAGAGCCACAAGCAGCUGCUGAACCAUUUUGGGAGAGACUUUGCAACUGGGGCGGUGGAUGAAUACACCGUCCGGUGCCAGCAGGACCUGGGGGAGCUCAUCAUCAUCCGCCUGCACAAGGAGCGUCACUCCUUCUUACCCAAAAACUCCUGGUACUGUAACUACGUGCAGAUCUGUGCGCCCGGCGGCCGUGUGUACCACUUCCCCGCCUACCAGUGGAUGGAUGGCUACGAGACCCUGGCGCUCAGGGAGGCCACAGGAAAGACGACGGCGGACGACACGCUGCCGAUCCUUCUGGAGCACCGCCGGGAAGAGAUCAGGGCCAAACAGGACUUCUACCACUGGAGGGUCUUCGUUCCCGGCCUACCCAACUACGUGCACAUCCCCAGUUACCGCCCGCCUGCGCGGAGAAACCCCAACCGGCCUGAGUGGAAUGGUUAUAUCCCCGGUUUCCCGAUUCUCAUCAACAUCAAGGCCACCAAGUUCCUGAACUCAAACCUCCGCUACUCCUUCAUCAAGACGGCCUCGUUCUUCUUCCGCCUGGGGCCCAUGGCGCUGGGCUUCAAACUCCGCGGCCUGGUGGACUGCAAGCAGUCGUGGAAGAGGCUGAAGGACAUCAAGAAAAUUUUCCCUGCCAACAAGUCCAUCAUCUCCGAGUACGUGGCCGAGCACUGGACAGAAGACAGCUUCUUUGGGUAUCAGUACCUCAACGGCAUCAACCCAGGCCUGCUCCGCCGCUGCACGCAGAUCCCAGACAAGUUCCCCGUCACGGACGACAUGGUGGCCCCGUUCUUGGGCGAGGGAACGUGCCUGCAAGCGGAGCUGGAGAAGGGGAACAUUUACCUGGCCGACUACCGCAUCUUGGAAGGCAUCCCCAGCAUCGAGCUCAACGGAAGGAAGCAGCAUCACUGUGCCCCGCUCUGCCUGCUGCACUUUGGCCCGGAAGGGAACAUGAUGCCCAUCGCCAUCCAGCUCAGCCAGACCCCGGGGCCCGAGAGCCCCAUCUUCCUGCCGAGUGACUCGGAGUGGGACUGGCUGCUGGCCAAGACGUGGGUGCGCUACGCCGAGUUCUACUGCCACGAGGCCAUCUCGCACCUGCUGGAGACGCACCUCAUCGCGGAGGCCUUCUGCCUGGCCAUGCUGAGACAGCUGCCCAUGUGUCACCCUCUCUACAAGCUCCUCGUCCCCCACACCCGCUACACCAUCCAGAUCAACAGCAUCGGGCGCGCCCUCCUCCUCAACGAGGGGGGGCUUUCUGCCAGGGGCAUGUCCCUAGGCCUGGAAGGCUUUGCGGAGGUGAUGGUGCGGGCUCUGUCAGAGACCACCUAUGAGAGCCUCUACCUCCCCAAUGAUUUUGUGGAGCGCGGGGUCCAGGACCUGCCGGGAUAUUAUUACCGAGACGACUCCUUGGCAGUGUGGGACGCGCUAGAGAGGUAUGUGACCGAGAUCAUCACCUACUAUUACCCGUGUGACGCAGCCGUGGAGGGUGACCCAGAAUUGCAGUCCUGGGUGCAGGAGAUAUUUAAGCAGUGUCUGCUAGGGCGUGAGAGCUCAGGCUUCCCUCAGUGCUUGCGAACAGUGCCUGAGCUGAUCCGAUAUGUCACUAUAGUCAUCUACACCUGCUCCGCCAAGCACGCCGCCGUCAACACCGGGCAGCUGGAGUACAGCGCCUGGAUGCCCAACUUCCCGUCGUCCAUGAGGAACCCACCCAUGCAGGCCAAGGGGCUGACCACUCGGGACAGCUACCUGGACACGUUGCCGGAUGUGAAAACCACGUGCAUCACCCUGUUGGUGCUCUGGACCCUGGGCCGGGAGCCUGACGACAAGCGGCCCCUGGGCCACUUCCCUGACAUCCACUUCGUGGAGGAGGCCCCGCGGAGGAGCAUGGAGGUCCUCCGCCAGCGCCUGGCCCGGAUCUCGCACGACAUCCGCCAGCGCAACAAGGACCUCCCGGUCCCCUACUACUACCUGGACCCGGUGCUGAUAGAGAACAGCAUUUCCAUCUAGGGCCGCGCUCCCGCCUCGCCUCUCCUCGCCUGCACCCGUUUUCCAAAAAAAAAAAAAAAAAUUGUCACUUCAA